AUGUCAAAGCCUAAAGAUGGUUCCGGUGAGAGUUAUCACCAGGAAUACAUCGCCUCGCUGCGGUAUCGCAAUGAUCUGCCACCGCCCGAAAUGCCGCCGAAAUUCCUGGAAAUCCCACACGAAGGUCUGGAGCGGUUUCUAACGCCGGGGUUUGCGUCGAACAUGGCGCGGCGCGAAGAGCCAAAUAUUGAUGUGGAUGCAGAGGGUGGUAUGCCAAUUGACCUGGUCGGCAUUCCCGGCCUGCAUUUGGGUGAUGAGAGUGCUAUUAUGGCACCUGAAAACCCUCCUCCAGUCGACCCCGCCGAUCUCCCCCUCCUCAUGACUCUUGACCAACUUAGAAAUCCUGCCCCGAAGAACUCAAACGUUAGUUUUCUGCGGCGCACUCAGUACAUUGCUGCUGGUGUUGCUGCGCGAGGAGUCGACGGAAACGUCAAAGCAGCCCCUCUUAUUGCUCCCACUGCUGUGAAAGCUGCACCCGCUGCGGCGAAGCCUGCGAAACUCUCCCGUGACGAUCCCCUGCACGUUAAGAAAUACAUUCAGAAGGGAUUCGAUAUUGCGUACCCAGAAAGUAAACACAAGGGCGAGGAUACCCCUAGUAAAAUCAAGGGACUGCCAGCUGCCAAAGCGGAAAUCGACGCCUGGGCGCAUCCAACACAUCCAGAUAAUCCGAAACUAAAACCUGUCGGAUUCUACCCCAUAAUCCCAGACCUGGGCGGUUUCCCGGACCCUGGCGGGUUUCUACAAUUCAAAUUUGACAAACCACCCAUCCAAGCAGCACAGGGACGACGGGAUGAGCGCAUGGAUGUCGGGAUCCUUGUUCCCUCAGCCCCUGAAGAGCGUGUCUGUCAAGAACAUGCCAGUAAAACAGCCCUACACAAAGCCAACCCAUCCCUAUACCCAGAUCCCGGCCCGAUACCCUGGGACUACGAUCUCUUCCUAUCAGCGAAGGAAGGUGCUGCGCCGCAGAUAAAAGAUAGCCUGAACGUCUCCAAUCCACACCGCGACGAUGCAGAAAACUACACCCACGAAGCCACGGGCCCAGACGAUGCAAUCCUAAAAUACCACCGCUACGACCGCAUCCGCACCUACGCAACAAGUUCGCAAACUCUAAACCCAGAACAGAAAUACAAAGACGUCGCUCUCGUCCUCUUCGACCCGGACGAAGCGAUAUCAGAAACAACUCUCAAAUCCACUGCCAUACCCCACCGCCUCAAGCAGAAAGCCGCCUACUAUUAUCCCAUCCUAGGCAAGACGCGUCUGAAGCCCGAGCGGGCCCGUACAAUCGCGCAGGCGGGCCUGGCACCGACACGACCCAAAGCCAAGGAAGACCAGGUGCAUCAGAUUCAGGUUGUUGUGCGCGAUCCGGAUGAGGCGGAGGAGUAUAAACGGGCAUCUCAUCGAGCACAGGUAGAUUCAAGAUUUGCGAAAACAUUACCUCCGCCAGCCGAGGAGGAGGGUGAUGGUGAAAUUGCAAGUGAGCGGGAUAUGGACGAGGGGAGCAAGGAGCAAGUACUCGCGGAGACGCCGGUGGGUAGAAGAGGGUUGGAAGCUGAGGUUGGUGAUGGAGUGGGGAUGGAUAGGGAGAGGAGACGGGGGAACGUUGAUGAUGAAGAUGAUGAGAUGGCUGAUCCAUGA